AUGGGACCAAACUGGUUUUUCAAUGGUAUACCGAUUUGCUCUGAAGCAGGGAGACAUUGGAUGUCAAUGAAGACCAGUCAAAACGUUUCGCUGGACGACUUUUGUAUCCCCGACUCAGAUUCAUCUUCCGUAGAUCCAGGAUCAACAUUUGGACCAGAGCUGUGCGAACUACCUGAUGAAUUUUUGACUCGAGAGAUAUUGAGCGCUUAUCGGGCGUCAUCAUUUCGCCUCGCAUUUCCAGUAUUGGACGAGGUUCUCAUAGAAAACACUCUCCGAUCAGCUUACAAUGCACCCACCGAGGCACAGACUUCUACAGCACAACUCUCAGCCAUGGCCUGUGUCCUCGCAGCUAUAUCCAUGGCAUCCCACUUCAAGUCAUCGCAGCAAACUCCAAAUCUCAUAGAUGCAGAUGCAUGUGCAGCAAAGGCGAGAUCUCUUUUAACACAAGCUUUGGGAAAUACCAGCUUGACAACUAUUCAGACAAUACUUUUACUGCAACUGCGUUUGAUGUUCAAUGGCCUCUGGCAAAGGGCUAAUAUGCUUAACUCCAUGGCAUGUUCCAUGAUUUGCUCCCUUGGAGGGCACUUUCACCUGGAUCUCAUUUCUCCCCGAGGAGUUUCAGAUCCUCAACAGCGAGAAAUCAAUCAUACGCGCAUGCUCUUCUGGAUAUCCUACGUGCUUGACAAAGAGAUUUCACUUCGCACAGGGAACCCGCCGCUACUCACGGAUACGUACUGUGAUAUCUCAUUACCAGACAGCUAUAUGGAAUAUGAAACAUAUCCGCCUGAAAGGCAAGAGCUUACCGAUUCGCAUGGUGAACCAUCUGGGCGCAUAACCCCCCACCUCCCAGCGGAUCCUCGAUUGAGUCUACUCAAAGAAAAGGUCUGUCGGCGCCUUUUCUCAGCCCAAGCGUUGAAGAAUGACAAUAAUCAACUUCUUCUCAAUAUAAGGCAGCUUGAUGACGAGAUCGAGAGCUGGCGCUUGUCCAUCCCUCUCCCCUUUCGCCCUGCACUUUUUGUCUCUCAAAGCUCCCCGUUGAGCGCUCUCGGGGAAUGUAGUCCCCAUUUCAAUCGACUCAUAUCCCUGCAACUGGAUUACCACCACCUCAUGACCGUCAUUCACACCACAGUCCGAAAAUGUAUGCCCGACGCAGGCGAUGGGGACCAGGACCUACACCAUGUGGUGCAUUCCAGUUUCGAUCUUUCUCUUGAGGCGAGUCGAUCAACCAUCUGGUGUAUCAAGGUCCUCUGCACCAACGUCACACCAGAAAGGUCUCGUCUGAUAGUGCCGUAUCUGACAACCGCCGCCAUGUCACUCUUCUUGAAUAUUCUCAUUCAUCCCCUUGACCAUACAGCACAACUUGACCUGGAAACCCUCAUAUCGGUAGCCAAUACAGUGCGCAACACACUUGGGGGUGAGUCAACGCAUGGCGAGCGAUCCCUAUUACAAGGGACAAGUGAUUUUGUGAUGAGGCUGGUGUGGCUGGGAACUUGUGCAGUGACGAAAGCAACGAGAACAGAAAGAGUUUGA